GUUGCACCAGAAGCGACUCUUCCUGCAGAAGCAGUCCCAGCUCCAGGCUUAUUUCAACCAGAUGCAGAUAGCCGAGAGCUCGUACCCGAGGUCGAGCCCACUGCCCCAUCCCUGCCAGGAGGAGCCGCCGCCAGCGCAGUUCAGCCUGCAGCAGCCCCUGAGCCCCGUGCUGGAGCCUUCCUCGGAGCAGAUGCAAUAUGGUCCCUUCCUCAGCCAGUACCAGAAGGUGCAGCUGGACCCACUGCCACCCUCCCAGCUCAGCAGCCCCUCACGCCUGCCCACCCCGGUGCAGGUGCAGCAGCAGCAGCAGCAGCAGCAGCCACAGUCCGUACAAUACUCCUAUCAGACUUGUGAAUUGCCUGUGCCCACCAGCCCUGAGCAGUGCCAGUUCCCCCUGGACCCAACACCCCAGAGCAGUGUAGCAUUGCCUGAGAGCCAGAGCAGCUCAGCCUCUCCCGAGCCCCAGCCCAACUACGACUCGCUAACCCUCUCGGAAUUGCCUGGACUCUUUGAUUGUGAGAUGAUGGAGACUGUAGAUCCCCAGCACAGUGGUUAUGUGCUGGUGAAUUAG